AUGGUUGCCAGCAAGAGCAAUGGCAGCAGCAACACGACGUGGCAGUGCGGGCCGUGCAACGUCAAGAAUGGAGCGAAGUACAAGUACUGCUGGAAGUGCUGGGGUGCACGCCCGACAGCAGCAGCCGCAGGAUCUUCCAGCGCGGCGGCAGGAGAGGCCUCCGAGGACAAAUGCCACGACGAGAAGCUCGCCAAGGUGCAGCACUACCGUGCCAAGCUGGCCGAGCUUAGAAAACUCGCCGAGGACCCGUUCCUGGAGGAAUCACUGCAGCCGCAGGUGGCACAGCUCGAGGACAAGCUCGCCGCCGAGCAGGCAUCACUGGAGACAGGAGUGCCACGAUGCUUCACCGAAUGCAGAGUGGUGCGAGACAGGAACAGGGUCGCGGAGCAGAAGAACAAGAGCCAGCAGAGGAUCGACGCGCUCCAGGAGCAGAGGGACGCGCUCGAAGAGAAGCUUGCCGAGGAGAAGAGCAAGCUGGGCAAGUUCGACAGCAAGCUCGAGACCCUGGACAACAAGAUCAAGGAACUGUCCGUCCCCGCCCCAGGGAAGGGAUGGGCGGCAGCGCUCGCCUUCCUGGAGCAGGCGGAGCGCUGCCUCGGCGACGACGGGAGCGAGAAACGGGAGCAGCUUGUCGCCGCCGUCGCCCACGCCAAGGGGCAGAAGGCACAGGAAGAGGAGCGUGCCAAGCAGCACGCCGAGCGCCUCCAGCAGAAGGCCAGAGCGGAGCAGGCCCGCGCAGCCAAGGGGCGGGCUGGCAGCGCCGACAACCGCGAGCGCAGCUGCCCCGAGAGCCCCAUCAAGGAGGAGCUCCUCGAGAUCCCCGCGGGCGCCAGCGAGCAGGACAUCUGCAAGGCGCUCGUCGACGUGGGGGUCACGCGCGACCAGGCUGGCAAAGUGGUUGCUCCUCUUAAGCUGCUGGUGGGCGAGCUGCAGACUGGCCACACCCUCACCAUCAGCAGAACCCAGUGGGGGCGACUCGCCGUGUACACGGCCAACGCCAACAUGGUGAGCUCGCUGGAGCCAGUGAGGAAGCAUAUCAGGGACAGCUACCAGGACGCCAUCGUCCUGGGCCAGGAGCUGCAGGCCAGCGGCACGCAGAUCGACCUUCCCCAGACCCGCAUGUGCAGAGAGGGCUGGGACAUCGGUCUAGUGGGCAGCGCGAAGACCACAGCUGGUCACAGCGCUGGAGUUUUGAGAGCGACGCCACGGAGUAGGGGCAUGGACUUCGUGCGCAAGGGGAUCAACCAGUGGGGCAUCAGCCCGCGAGAGUCCAAGGGGGGGAGACUCGCCGUGGCCUGGGCCGACGCACACAGCAAGGAGGGGCCCAUGCUAGGCGCCGCGUACAUGUGGAACAGCGGGGGCCCCACGCAGAGAAACCAGCGCAUCCUGGCCAAGUGGGGCGCAGCCACGAAUGUGAUCCAGAAGGAGAGGAUCCUCGAUGGCGACUGCAACAUGGACCCAGAGGUGCUGGAGCAGUCCGAGAUCGCCCGCAAGAUGAACGGCGUCAUCGUGCGUGACACUCAGCAGGACAGCUGCCUGAAGCAGGAUGGCACGUCCAGCACGCGCGACUACUUCAGAGUCUCGCGCGGCUUGGCGGCACCCACGCUCAAGGUAGAGGUCCAAGAUGGAGACAACCUGUCGCCGCACUUGCCCGUCAGGAUGAGGGUCCCAGUGCACCAGCAGAGCGACUACAUGAGGAACGUGCUGUGCAAGCGGACGACAUGGCCGCCGACGCGGCCAAGGGGCUGCCCCUCGCAGCCAGCGCGGUGGCCAAGGCCGCUCGCACACAGGAAGUACACUCAGAGCCAGAUCGACUGCCUCUGGAGCGAGCUCGGCGAGGCAUACGAGAAGCACCUCAGCAGGUACCGCAGCUUCGAGGGCGACGACUGGAGCAAGCGGCAGGGCCACUUCGAGAAGGCCAACUACAAGCAGAAGCCGUGCAGGCCCAUGCCCUGCACCGCGGCACAGGAGCAGCCACUCAGCCACGACAUC